GUGUAAAAUAAUGGCUCCUUCUUAAGAGUUCAAACCUCUAACCCAUUUCUUAAGACCACAAUAUGUGUACUUAUCUUUGGCAAGCUUAGUGUUAAUACAUGUGAUAACACUGCUGACAGAGGUUCGUCCAGGUAUAUCAUUAGUUGUUCAAUCUUUGGCUUGUCUGUACAUAGGAGCUAUGGCAACAUCUAAAAUCAUAUAUAACAAAUAAAACAAUAAGUUGGAGAAGGAAGAAAAAUAGUCAGAAGAGAAAAUGACAUAAAAGGAUGCUUUACAAUUUCCAAUCUAUCUAUCUGCCUACUUAUUUGGACUCUAUCUUUUGUUGAAAUAUCUAGAUGAAGCAAUUCUCAAGACUGCCAUAACUUUAUUCUUCUCAGCAGUAGGAGUCUUAUGUUUGAUGGGAAUCAUAGAAGAUGCCAUUGAAAGAUUAUUCCCAAUUGAAUAUUCAACUAAAAUAGUAGUAGGAAAGAAAUUCAAUUUAAAUUUGAUAUUGACAAGCAAGGAAAUAGAUAUCUAAUUAACUAAGUUGAAUUUCAUAUCAUUAUUUAUUUCAAUGUUCCCCUUAGGCGUGUAUUUAGCAUCAAAGAAUUGGAUUUGCAAUAAUUUAUUCGGAAUAGCCUUCACUGUUUCAGGAGUUGCAAAUUUUACUGUCAUACCAAAUUUCAAAAUAGCAUAUUUGAUGCUUUGGGGACUCUUUUUUUAUGACAUUUUUUGGGUUUAUGGAACUGAUGUGAUGGUUACAGUUGCAAAAUCUAUUGAAGCUCCAAUUAAAUUACAAUUCCCAUUUACUGCCUUGAAUGACGAAGGAAAUCCAUUUACAAAAUACAGUAUUCUAGGUUUAGGUGAUAUUGUCGUUCCUGGUAUCUUUGUUGGAAUGUGUCUUAAGUAUGAUGUUGAUAGACAAAUUGAAAAAGUAAAAAAGAUUUCAGAAAUCAAUAUCCCUUAUUUCUUAUGGUGUUUUGUAGGUUAUGCUAUAGGAAUUGUGACUACAUUGGCUGUUAUGAAUUUAACAGGUCAUGCUUAACCAGCCUUGUUGUAUUUAGUUCCAGGAUGCACAUUAAGUGUUUUAAUAAAGGCUUAUCUUGAUAAAUCUCUUCUUCAAUUUUGGGCCUAUAAUGCAGACCCAGAGAAGCCAGAGGCUUAAACAUCUAAUACAGAAACUAUUAAAAAUAAAUGAUAUAUUGUUUUUAAUAAAAAUAAUUUAUUUAA